AUUGAUGGGAGGGUCCGGGGGGGGGACCUGCAGCUGCACCAUCACUUCCAAGACAACGGCCAAUGGCAGAUCGUGCACCGUGCAGCGUUGCACCAUCGCAGCUCGUUGCACCAUCGCGGCUCGUUGCACGAGGGCUCCCCCGACGGCGUGACAUUCGUCCUGCUGAUCCGCCGCCAGCCGCUGUUCUACAUCAUCAACGUCCUCGUGCCCUCGGUGCUGCUCACGCUGCUGGCCGUCAGCACCUUCUACCUGCCGCCCGACGCCGGUGAGAAGAUGACGCUGUCACUCUUUGCACUCCUGACCCUGACCGUCUUCCUGCUCCUAUUGGCCGACAAAGUUCCCGCCACGUCCCUGGCCGUGCCUCUGAUUGGUCGCUACCUGACGGGUGCCCUGGUGCUGCUCACACUCAGUGUCACACUCAGUGUCGGUGUGCUCAACGUGCACCACAGGGCGCCGGCAACACACACGAUGCCACAAGGAAUGAGGGCGGUGAGCGGGGGGAUAUGGGGGGGUAUGGGGGCUAUGGGGCCCCCCCCUCGGCCUCCUUUCCCCCCGAGCUCCGUUCUGGCCGCCUCCGCCGUCGCUUUCAUUGCACGGAGCCUCCGGGAGCAACGGGAACAGGACGAGCUCCGUGAGCAGUGGCGUUUCGCCGCCAUGUUGGUGGACCGUGUUUUCCUGUGGGUGUUCGCGGCUCUGACGGGUGGAACCGCCAUCGGAACCGCCCUGGACGCGGCGCUGCACAGACCCCCGGCAACGGCACUGCCGUGAGGGGACACACAUAGGGACACAUAUAGGACCCCCCCUAUGGGAACCCCAUUGGAACCCCCUAUAGGACCCCCAUAGGAACCCCAU